AUGAAGAUGGAUAUCAAAAGACGCAAUGAACCUUCGUUUCUGACUGCCUGGAUAUUUUUAUUACAAAUGUUAGGAGGCGCUCAUCACGGUGCCGAAGGUCACGGGAGACUAAUGGACCCGCCAGCCAGAAACUCCAUGUGGAGAUUCGGAUUUCCAAAUCCUGUCAACUACAACGACAACGAGCUAUUCUGCGGCGGAUAUGCCGUCCAGUGGGAGCAGAACCAGGGUCGGUGCGGGGUAUGCGGAGAUGCUGAUAACCUGGCUGAGCCAAGACCGCAUGAAGCUGGAGGGAUGUACGGGAAGGGAAUCAUUACAAAGCAUUAUAGUGUUGGACAGGAAAUUGAAGUAGAAGUGGAGUUGACAGCGAACCACCUCGGCACAUUCGUGAUGAAACUGUGUCCGAACAACAAUCCUAAGCAAGAAGCUACGCAGGAAUGUUUUGACAGAUUUCCAUUAUACGUAUCAGGAACACGGGAAGACAGAUUCCUUAUACCUCUGGAUACUGCGAAGAAGGAGGUCUUCCGGUACAGAGUUCGAUUACCACCAUAUAUAACUUGCACACAGUGCGUUCUUCAAUGGACUUAUUAUACCGGUAACAUGUGGGGAAUAUGCCCUAACGGCACUGAAGCAGUUGGAUGCGGCAGAUCAGAAACAUUCAGGAACUGCGCUGACAUCAGCAUAGUAACGAACACUGGUGGUAUACCACCAGCUUUCGCCGGAGACUUGAGGCGGGACAAUCCAUUCCUCUUGUACUACAGAGACUUCAGUAUGCCCCUGUCUAUUUACCCACUUGUCGUCAGCAAAUACAAAGCUUUAGCGAAGGAGAAAUUGCAAGACGUUAGCAAUGAUAUAUCUGAAGCAGACUUAGCUGAACCAAUCAUAAUUAGGGACCAAGUUUGUUUGCCGUCUGAUGGUUAUCGUAUGCUACCAGGGAUGCAAAAUUGGUGUCAAACCAACUGCCUUCGUUACCCACCUAAUUGCCCCGAUCUUUUAUGCCACUGUCCGCAAGUCUGUGAAGCUAUAGGCGAAUUGGAAGGAAAAGAAGGUGCCGAUGUUUACUGUAUGGACCAAUGUAUUGUGUAUCCACCGCGCUGCCCAAAAAACAAAUGCCUCUGCUACUAA